CUGUGAUUGGAUCACGAUGAAGUCAAAGUGUAAAGACAUCCACCAAUCAAGCAACCUUCCCUGCCUCUUGGAAACAUACCUGCCAUCUAGUGGUGGCAAAACGGCAGAGAAUGAAGACAGGCCUCAGCGUCAGAGGAAGAAGUUGACCCAGAGCAGAGAGACUGGGCCUGGGGGUCAGAAUCACCCUGGGAGUGCUGCUAGUGACCCAGACAGCGUCAAUCGCCAGGCUCUGCUAGAUCAGCGCCAUCUAGAGGCGUACAGAAACAUGCACCGUCUCAGAGACAUCCUGUACCAUCGAUACUCUGCCAUGCUCAGAGAUAAGAUACACACACAGAGACAGGAGAUACAACGACGUGCUGCGGCAGCUGGAACAGUCACCGAGGAGAAACACAUACCGAAACUGAGGAAGCUGACCUGUUCUACUCUCUCCCAUGACAACACAUACCUGAGGUCUCUUCCUCAAACCAGCUACUACCUGAUCUUGGGCCUUCAGAACCAGUUGUCUCGGCAUGGUUGUCUGAAGACCCUCCAGGACCAAGAGAACUUCUGUUUAAUGGUUAACCACCACCACCACCAAAACCGUGGUCCAGUCCAGCUGCAGAGGACACUACAGGAGAUCAGGAAGAGGAUGAUUGGCAGCCGCUCCGCACCUGAUGUGAUGUCAGCGGGAUGGGGUUGGAGCCAGCAGGAGAUGUCAGGACAGACCCCUAGAAUUCACGUCACCACGGAGACAAGACACCUGGACCGGAUUGUCCAUUCAGAGACAGGGAGAGGGCUUAUGCCAGGAGAGAGACUUCCAGAAAGAGGGGCUGGAGAGAGACUUCCAGAAAGAGGGAGGGGCUGGAGAGAACUCUACAGCCUUCCUCCUCUCACAGCAGGAACAGGACUACACUGA